AUGCUUCUAUAUUAUCUGGCGGCCAUAUUCAAGGGCUUACAUCCACGAGUCGACGACGAUUUUGUGGACAAGCUCAAUUAUCACUACACAUCUGCUAUUAUAUUCGCGUUUGCAAUCAUCGUUUCUGCCAAACAGUACGUAGGCUAUCCUAUACAAUGUUGGGUGCCUGCCCAAUUCACAGACGCUUGGGAACAGUACACGGAAAACUAUUGUUGGGUCGAGAACACCUACUACCUACCCCUGACCAGUGCCUUCCCUUUAGAAUACGGUGACAGGAGGGCACGCCAAAUCAGUUACUAUCAAUGGGUGCCGUUUGUUCUUGCUCUCGAAGCGUUAUGCUUCUACAUUCCGUGCAUAAUGUGGAGAGGAUUGCUGCAUUGGCAUUCUGGAAUCAAUGUGCAAUCAUUGACUCAAAUGGCAUGCGAUGCACGAAUGAUGGACGCCGAUGCAAGAGCGGCCACCGUGCAGACAAUUGCAGGUCACAUGGAAGACGCUCUCGAGAUUCAAAGAGAGGUCACUGAUGUGUCUGGAAUGUGUGUACAGAAGCGAUGGGCCAACUAUGUGACGUUACUCUAUGUGUUUAUCAAAAUGCUCUACCUGGGAAACGUGGUGUUGCAAGUUUUCAUGUUGAACAGUUUCCUGGGCACUGAUAACUUAUUCUACGGCUUUCACAUUUUGCGAGACUUGCUGAACGGCCGUGAAUGGGAAGUCAGCGGGAACUUUCCACGUGUAACUAUGUGUGAUUUUGAAGUACGAGUACUGGGUAAUGUUCAUCAUCACACAGUUCAAUGUGUGCUAAUGAUCAACAUGUUCAACGAGAAAAUUUUCCUAUUCCUGUGGUUUUGGUACUUUAUGGUUGCGUUCGUUUCGGCUGUUUCCAUGUUCCACUGGAUUAUCAUCUCAUUCCUACCAGGACAGCACAUGAAAUUCAUCCGGAAGUAUUUGCGAGCAACAGAUUUGGCCACUGACAGGCAGUCGGUGAAAAAGUUUGUGCACAAAUUCCUCGGAUAUGACGGCGUAUUCUGUAUGAGGAUGAUUUCGGCACAUGCUGGAGACAUUCUUGCCACAGAACUGAUAGUAGCCCUUUGGCAUAAUUUCAACGAUCGGGUCAGGAAGAGUCCAAUCGAAAUGUUCGAAGGCGGUGUCACUCAGUCACCCAGCAAAUUAGACGCAAAUUUCAAAACGUGGCUUCUCGGUCAAUCGAGGGCCAAGCCGCCCUUCGACGGCUCGAAUCCGACGCGCGGAAAGAAACGCCGAAAAUCCGAUGGUUACUUCACGUUCGUCUAA